AUGGGAAGUUCUCAUGAACCCGAGGAGGCACGGGGAGACUCUCGGCGGCUCCAGGGCUCUGGGGCUCGGGGCGCCGGAAACACGUGUGUGCUCACCUACGUGUACACACGUGAGCACACCUACAGCAGCAGGGGGCGCUGGGGCCGGCAGGGGGCAGCACAGCCCCGGUUUGCAAUUACCCGGCGCAGCCCCGAGGGAGGAGGGCGUGCUGCAGUCCCGGCGGCGGCGGCGGCGGCGGCUGGAGGUGCAGCCUCCCAGCUCACGGGCGGUGCGGCCGUGCACAUCUCCGCCGCCGGCGCCUCCAAGGCCACCCUGUACUGUCGUGUCUUCCUGCUCGACGGGACCGAAGUGAGCGUGGACCUGCCGAAACAUGCCAAAGGCCAGGAUUUGUUUGAUCAGAUCGUGUACCACUUGGACCUCGUGGAAACAGAUUACUUUGGCCUCCAGUUCCUCGACUCUUCCCAGGUUGCGCACUGGCUGGACCAUUCCAAACCCAUAAAAAAGCAGAUGAAAAUUGGACCUGCUUAUGCUUUGCACUUUCGAGUUAAAUAUUAUUCUUCAGAACCAAACAACCUUCGUGAAGAGUUUACAAGGUACCUGUUUGUUUUACAACUCAGGCAUGACAUUCUUUCAGGAAAAUUGAAAUGCCCAUAUGAAACGGCUGUGGAAUUAGCUGCUCUCUGUCUACAAGCGGAGCUGGGGGAAUGUGAGCUUCCCGAACACACGCCAGAGCUUGUGUCUGAGUUUCGGUUCAUUCCAAAUCAGACAGAAGCGAUGGAAUUUGAUAUCUUCCAGAGAUGGAAAGAGUGCAGGGGAAAGAGCCCUGCCCAGGCGGAGCUGUCCUAUCUGAAUAAGGCGAAGUGGCUGGAAAUGUAUGGGGUAGACAUGCACGUUGUCAGGGGAAGAGAUGGCUGUGAAUAUUCUCUUGGACUGACCCCGACAGGCAUAUUAAUCUUUGAAGGAGCUAACAAAAUAGGCUUAUUCUUUUGGCCUAAAAUUACCAAAAUGGAUUUUAAAAAGAGCAAACUGACGUUGGUGGUGGUGGAAGACGAUGAUCAGGGACGGGAGCAAGAGCACACGUUCGUAUUCCGGCUGGACAGCGCCAGGACCUGCAAGCACCUCUGGAAAUGUGCGGUCGAGCACCACGCCUUCUUCCGCCUACGGACGCCGGGAAAUAGCAAAUCGAACAGAUCAGACUUCAUCCGGCUGGGGUCUCGCUUCAGAUUCAGCGGACGGACGGAGUAUCAAGCCACACAUGGGGCCAGGUUACGAAGAACCAGCACCUUUGAGCGGAAGCCUAGUAAACGCUAUCCAUCCCGGAGACAUUCAACGUUCAAAGCAAGCAACCCGGUGAUAGCGGCUCAGUUCUGCUCUAAAACAAAUCCUGAAGUCCAUAAUUACCAGCCUCAAUACCAUCCCAACAUCCAGCCCAGCCAGCCUCGGUGGCUCCCUCACUCUCCAAAUGUGAGCUACCCGCUCCCUUCCCCAGGGCUCAGCAGCUCGGACCGGCUGCCUUUUGGCAUCGAGGAGAACGGGGGCACACCUUUCACUACCAAAGCUUCAGGAAGGCACCACCACCACCACCACCAGCACCAGCACCACCCAAACUAUGGCCUCUCACUGACUCUGGAGAACAAGGAGGGGCCUUUGAGGUCCCCAAACUCCAGCAGUAAAUCCCUUACAAAACUGAGUCCAGGCACACCUGCCCUGUUCAGCGAAGCUGCUGCCCAUCUAAAGAAGCUGGAAUUGGAAACCGUGAAGGCUGCUGGACCCUGGCCUGCUCUGCACAUCAACAUAAAUAAGGCUGAAGAAAAAAAAGUUUCUGAGAAGACUCUUCAGACCCCGCUUUUGCCUUCCCCUGUAGCCGACCACGUGAAGUGUAACAUCUUGAAAGCCCAGUUGGAGAACGCAUCCCGAGUGAGUGCUCAGGUUGGAAAAGAGGAAUCAACAUUUGUAAAUAUCAAUAAGAAAUCCAGUCUCCAGGAUGCCAAUGUAAGAAGUCCUAUUCCUAUACGUGUGGAAACUACCCAACCAGCUGUGGAAAAGCCGGAAAUCAAGCCUCCCCGAGUGAGGAAGUUAACAAGACAAUACAGUUUUGAUGAAGAUGACCUCCCUCCCGACCUGGCCGAGGCCGUAGGAGCGUCCACAGCCGCAACCACGAACACCACCACGGCCACCACACAAGUCCCAGCACCGCUGGUGUCCCCCAAGGGCCACAAACUCAGCUCGCCUCAGGAUUCAGAAGGCAAGGGCCACCUGUCCCCAGGGGCCAAGAGUCCCUGUGACCGAGGAGGUGCCUUUACCUUGGAGCCAGGCGAUCUCCUGAUGGACUUCACAGAAGCUACUCCUCUGGCAGAGCCCGCCAGCGCCCCCCACUGUGCCCACUCUCGCUGUUCUCCUCCACUCUCUCCCCCCAUGAAGGAAGAGACCACUGGAGUUUGCAUGCACCCUCCAAUCAAAACGAGGCUGAUAAAAACAUUCCCGGCUGAUCCGGUGACCCCGUUUCCUGAUGCUUUCAUUACAGGGCCACAGUUCACCGCGGAUUUUAGGGACAGUAAAUUACAGUGCUGUCCUGGCCAGUCUUCCCCACUGAUUCCAGCAGUGACCCUGAGGCCUUUGACUGAGACCAUCUCCACAGUGCAGACCAUCUACACCACGGAAGCCUGUCUCUCUGGCAGCCAGUGCAGAGACGCUCCGGCAGGAACUGGAAAGAGAGAAAAUGAUGAAAAGACUAUUGAUGACCGAACUGUGAAAUUCUCCCCUUGUUGCCUGGAGGAUGGCAUGGUGCCUUCUGUCCGUUUCCUUUCUUCGGGCUUUGUGUGCUCACUCCAGCACAGCACACAGAUGUGUGCUCUGUUCACAGGUCUCCGCGGCCGGUUGAAGCCAGCUUCUGGCUUGACUUCAUCGGAGAAGUUCUUCUCUGUCUUCUGAGUGUUAGAGGUUUUCUGCUACUCAGUAUAGAUGGGACGGGAUUUGGUAAGCCUAGGAGAAGAAAGAUGGGGAAAUGGGAUUCCUUUUUAGUACUUCCUGUGUGUAAACAUUAAUAACCACAGGGGGUUAAUAUGGCACCGACUCCUUUGCUAUCAGUCCCAACCAUGAUUUUGUAUGAUUGAAACUUGCACCAAGCUUUGACCGUUUGUUAAAGAGUCAUUUUUAAUGAGAGAGUAAUUCUUUACUGCUGGUUUUUCAUUUACACUGGCAAUUAUACAGAUCUUAUACAGUCCUUAACACUCAUUUUUAUUCAGACAUGAAUCGAUGAACUAAAAAAAAGAAAAAGAAAAAGAAAAAAGUUGUGAUCACCAGGACUGAAGCACUUUCAGCAAAUCCGAAAUAUAAUUUAACUCGUGGGUUUGUUGGAUAUGAUAUUAUUUAAGAUAAACAGAACUUUUCACUAAACCCAAAGUAGGAAAUUAUAGCUUAAAUUGUCUGAAAAUCCUUUACAAGGAUAAGAUAGUUCAAUACCAAGAUUCAUUUGGGUGUUCCACAAAGGAAAAUUAUUUCUAAAGUUGAUCAAUUCUUGUCCUGUUGAUAGAACCUUGACCAGAUGACACUUCGCUCUCUUUUUAUAUAGUUUCAGGAAAUGGGUUUUUAAAUUUUUAUUACGCACUUGAACAACUUUGCAGGAAUAAAGGCACCCCCUAGCCACAAACUAGCCCUCUAAAUUGUUGCCCAAGCUCUCAAUCAAUAUGCACACAUUUUUUCAUAGCUGUGAUCAGUGUGUACAUACUUUUUGGUUGUAUUUCUCCACCUAACACAUAUCUUCACUUUUUAACACAGAUCCUGCUCUCACCAAUUUAAUGUCUCUUGAUCCACAUAACAUGGUUAACCUCACUUCUCCCCAUUAUUAGAUACUUGGGUUCUAUUCAAUUUUUCACUCUUAUAAAUAGUGCUGCUAUGAAUGCUUUUGUAAAAGAUGCUCCUUCCUUUGGAUUCUUCCCUUAGGAAUAUCUCCAAAGAGGGAUUACAAGGUCAAAGAGCAUGAAACACUUUAUAGCUCUUGUUUCAUAUUGCCAGAUUGCUUUCUAGAAAGAUCCAAUCUCUGGGUUGGAAGGACCUUAAAGGUCAUUAGUUCAACUCCCCUGUUCCCUCUGAAUGCUUGAAUUGUCUACAAUUUAUAAUGCCACCAGCAAUGUAUAGGCAUUUCUACUUACCAGUAGUUCUGCUAGUAUUGGGUUUUGCCAUUUUAAUUUAUUUUUGCUUGUUUAAUAGAUGUGUAUAGUUGUUCUUGAAAGGUUGUUUUCUUUCAUUAAUUGCUAGCAAGGCUGAGCACUUCUCCAUGUGAUGAUUUACUAGCUGUAUUUCCUUGUGUGUAGAAUGUCCAUCCAUUUCUUAUGACCACUUGUUAAGUGGAAUUGCUCUCAUAUAUUUGUAUCAGAACUGUAUUUUUAUGUUGUAUAGUUUGCUCUCCUGUCCCUAUCCUUAAAACUGAAUGGUGCCAAUAAUUUGAUACUAAUGAUUAUAAAAAAAGUAAUGCCUCAUUUACUAGCAUUGUUGUAAAAUGAGGUAUGUGAGCAAAUAUUCAGAUAACAGAGGAUUAACCCUUUAAGUGCUGAACUUUAAAAUUUUAAUAUUUUUUCUUUUGAGGGAAAUCUUUCUAAAAUGCAUUACGCACUUCCCUGCCUUAGUAAACAGAGUAUUCUAGAGAGUAUUUCACCUGUUCUUGAUGAGUCAUGGUCACCAUGUAAAAAUCAGCCCCUUUUGUACCUUGGUGUGGUGCAGUGAUGCCAUCAGGAGCUAUCAAACUACAUAGGGCUUGGCUUUGCCUUUCACAGAUUAUUGUGAUGUUUUCACUGAUGAACUUUACUGCUUUCUGCUCUAUUGGUGAAGCCAUCUGGGGCAUUUGUGGUGUUUGGGACUUUUUACUCCCAUACUGCAUGACCCCUGGCUAUACUUUGAAACAGCUUUAUUUGUUCUUUAUCUUGUGCACACGAUGCAAACGUGUUCCUGUACAAGACCGGGGAGCUCUCUGUUUCUAGGGUUGUAGCCUCUUGCCAAUCCAGCACCCUCCUCCUCUUCUAACCUGCUUUCUGAGUCUUCUGCUCUUCACUUCCUGCUCUCUGACGGAAACCUCCAGGGCAACACGGAAGUGUUCUUGGGGAAGCCAGGAGACCAAGUGUGACCGAUGUGUCAGUUGUGGUCUGCUACUGAGGAGGGAUGCAUGGGCUUUUUUGGACGCUGUUUUUGGGAGGCUCUGAGCCUCCUGCUUUUCUCCCCACAUCCCCCUGGGUUCACAGAUGCUUCAGAAGUCGAUGUCACUGGAAGUCUGAUUGCAAAAAGUUGGCUGUUACUGUAUAUGAAAACCCAGUACCUUUGGCAGCUCAGCUCUAACCAGUAAAAUCAAAGAGAUUCCAUUGUUUCAGCAGUUGUCCUGGUUAUUUGCCUACUUAAAUAAGACAGGUGCUUGGCAUGGUGGCCUGAGGAGAUGACAUCAUGUUGGGUAGAUUCCUAGGGACAAAAAUGAAUUGCUAUAAUUGCUUAACCUUUCUUUAUAUACUUAAAACGACAGCACCAUACGGUCACACAACACAUACCUUAUGUCUGAGAUGGGGCCCAGCUUGUUGACAUAAUUGUGUCGCAAUAAGGGCUCCAACUGUGGGCCACAGACUCCUGGUGGGCAUGGGUUGGGGUACCACAAGGGCCUGGGAAUCCUGCAGUUCACAGAGUUUGUGGAUUGUAGACAGCAUAGAAGAUCCUUAUGUUUGAAGAAUUUAGAAACUAGGUCCUAAAGCAUUCAGAAUCAUCCCAUCUGAAUGCACCCCAAAUUUUGUAUUCCCAAAAUAUCGCAGGGAUAUCCUAGAAUCUUUAUCUUUCUUUUAGCAUCUCAGUUUUUUUUUAAACUUGAAAUUUAUCAUUUAAACCAUUUUAAAGCAUACAGUUUGGUGGGGGCUUUUUGUAUGCCCCCAAUGCUGUGCAAACAUCACCACUAAUUCAGAACAUCUCCAUCGUUACCAAAAGAAACUGCCUAUCCACAGUGACCAUCAAUUCCCCCCACCUCCCUUAGCAACCACUGAUUUACUCUCUGUCUCUGGAUUUCUGCCUAUGGAUUUGCCUAUUCUGGACAUCUCAUAUAAAUACAGUCGAACAAGAUGUGGUCCUUUGUGCCUGGCUUCUUUGACUUACCACAGUGUUCUCAAGGUUCAUCCAUGUUGUAGCAUGUAUCAUUACUUCAUUCCUUUUUAUGGGUGAAUACUAUACCACUGUAUGCUGUACCACAUUUUGUUUAUCUAUUCAUCAGGUGAUAGACAUUUGAGUUGCUUUCCCUUUUUGGCUAAUAUGAAUAAUGUCAACCUUCAUGUACAAGUACUGUAUGAACAUAUAUGUUUUCAGUUCUCUUGGGUAUAUAACAGAUUGGAAUACAGCUGGGUCAUAUGACAAUUCUAUGUUUAACUUUUGAAGGAACUAUCAAGAUCAUAGCUUGUAUUUCAUAAGCAACCAAAAGUGAAAGAAAACCACGUAUACUAGGCGGUCAGAAGAAUGGGUAUAUCUGUUACUGGUCAGACACUGUAAUGCAACACUGAGAGGGCGUUUUUAUAAAGAAAAACGUUGUUUUAGAGAAACAAUUUUGAUGAGAAGAGAAAAUAAAAGUGCUGUCUUUUAAAAAUGAGAGUGAAAUUAAA